ACAGCACAGUUGCAGAAGUAUUUUUGAAAAGAGUUGGAGGUUAUCGCUGUCCAGCAAUUAAAAGAGUUCACUGUAGAAUUUUGAGCCUGUAUUGAAUAUUGAAUAAAGUUAUUGACAGAAAGAAGUGAGGAAAAAUAUACGAACCUUGAUGAUGAUGAUGAUGAUGAUCUGUAUAUUGAAAGAUACAAGCACAAGCAGCUCACUUACAAUGAUAGAUUUGACAUUUUUCCUGUUAGUCAGUACUACGUUAUCACGAGCAAGUGUUGACUCUAAAGUCUGUGACUUUGAACAUGGCCUGGGUACAAAUUUAUGUCCAUGGUAUAAUGUUGAGGGAAUUGAUUAUGGGAACUGGAUUGUCGAUAAUGGCUGGAUUCUUGGCCGUCCCCCAACAUUUGGACAACAUCUUUCAGCUUUAAUAAGACGCCUUACAACAGGCAAAAUUUGGUUGGUGGGAAAUUAUCGCAACGACUCUCUCGUGUGUUUUUCGUUUUCGUAUUUCAUGUAUAGCAGUUAUUUUGGAACAUUGAAUAUCUACCAAGAAUAUUUUCGCAAUGGAUACAAUCUUUUACUGUGGUCAUUAAGUGGUGAUCAAGGAACUAAGUGGAAAAAAGGCCAAGUCACAGUUAAUUUUGCCAUGGGUCUAUCUAGGUUAAUCGUUGAAGCUGUUGUGGGGCCAUCUAGUCAUAUUGUAGCUAUCGACAAUCUUGCUUUUGCUUCAGGAAGCUGCGACACAAUACCAAAGGUGGCCAUUCCUAACAAUGCUAUUGAUUGUUCCAUUGGUUCAUUCUUUUCGUUUGAAAGUAAGAAUUGUGAAAAAUGUCCCAUCUAUACAUAUCAACCAUAUCCAAAACAAACUCGUUGUCUUACCUGUAAUGAUGGUAAAGGUACCAUCAAUGUUAGAGCAGUAAGUGAAAAGGAAUGCAUAAAAGUCAAAAGAUGUGAUUUUCAAAAGGGACUGGGAACUACUUUAUGUCCAUGGCACAACGUAGAAGGUGACGGUGACUUUGACUGGAAACUUCGCACAUCAUCGUCAGCACAUUGGCAACCACCACGCUAUGAUGCCACAGGCUUCAGUGUUGGACGAUAUGUGUAUGCUGGAUUCCGAUACUAUUUUCAAGGCAAAGCUUGGUUGCUGGGAAAUUAUAGCAACAACUCUGUUAUGUGUUUUUCUUUUUCGUAUUACAUGGGUCGCGGUUAUUAUGGGACAUUAAAUAUUUACCAAGAAUAUUUUCAUAAUGGAUACAGUCCUUUACUGUGGUCAUUAAGUGGUGAUAAAGGAACUAAGUGGAAAAAAGGCCAAGUCACAGUUAAUUUUACAAUGGGUCUAUCUAGGUUAAUUGUUGAAGCCGUCGUGCCUAGAUUUACAUUAAGCUUUGUAGCUCUCGACAAUCUUGCUUUUGCUCCUGGAAGCUGUGGCACAAUACCAAAGGAGGCCAUUCCUAUCAAUGCUUUUGAUUGUUCCAAUGGUUUAUUUUUCUCGUUUCUAAAUAAGAAAUGUAACAAAUGUCCCAGCUCUACUUACCAGCCGUACACAAAUCAAACUCGUUGUCUUACCUGUAAUGAUGGUAAAGGUACCAUCAAUAUUGGUGCUGUGAGUGAACAAGAAUGUAUAAAAGUCGAAAACUGUGAUUUUCAAAAAGGACUAGGAACGACUGUUUGUCCAUGGCACAAUGUGGAAGGAGACGAUGACUUAAACUGGGCACUUGGUGCAGAACACUUAACAGAAAUAAAUUAUAGAAACCCAAGUUAUGACGCUACAGGUUCUAAUUUUGGACGAUAUCUUUAUACAGAUUCAAGUAUAUCAGGCAGAGCUUGGUUGGUUGGAAACUAUCAAAACGACUCUCUCGUGUGCUUUUCAUUUUCGUAUUAUAUUCGCGGUCAUAACAUAUUAAACAUCUACCAAGAAUAUUUUCACAAUAGUUACAAUGUGCUACUAUGGUCAUUAAGUGGUGAUCAAGUAACUAAGUGGAAAAAAGGUCAAGUCACAGUUAAUUUUACAAUGGGUCUAUCUAGGUUAAUGGUUGAAGCUGUCGUGCGUGGAUACACAAUAAACAUAGUAGUUCUCGACAAUCUUGCUUUUGCUCCAGGAAGCUGUGACACAAUACCAAAGGUUGCCAUUCCUAGCAAUGUUUUUAAAUGUUCCAUUGGUUCAUUCUUUUCGUUUGAAAGUAAGAAGUGCGAAAAAUGUCCCAUCUAUACAUAUCAACCAUAUCCAAAACAAACUCGUUGUCUUCCCUGUAAUGAUGGUAAAGGUACCAUCAAUGUUGGUGCAGUAAGUGAACAAGAAUGCAUAAAAGUCACAAGAUGUGAUUUUCAAGAGGGACUGGGAACUACUGAAUGUCCAUGGCACAACGUAGAAGGUGACGAUAACUUAGACUGGAAAUUUAGUACAUCAUACUCAUCAAAUUACGAACCACCACGCUAUGAUGCUACAGGCUUCAGUAUUGGACAAUAUCUUUCUGCUGGCAUAAGACACCGUUCAACAGGCAAAAUUUGGUUGGUGGGAAAUUAUCGCAACGACUCUCUCGUGUGUUUUUCAUUUUCGUAUUAUAUUCGCAGUCAUUAUCAUACAUUAAAUAUCUACGAAGAAUAUUUUCAUAAUGGAUACAGUCCCUUACUGUGGUCAUUAAGUGGUUAUCAAGGAACUAAGUGGAAAAAAGGACAAGUCACAGUUAAUUUUACAAUGGGUCUAUCUAGGUUAAUCGUUGAAGCUAUCGUGAGUAGAUACACAACAAAAUUUGUAGCUCUCGACAAUCUUGCUUUUGCUCCAGGAAGCUGUGACACAAUACCAAAGGUGGCUAUUCCUAACAAUGCUUUUGAUUGUUCCAAUGGUUCAUUUUUCUCGUUUCUAAAUAAGAAAUGUAACAAAUGUCCCAGCUCUACUUACCAGCCGUACACAAAUCAAACUCGUUGUCUUACCUGUAAUGAUGGUAAAGGUACCAUCAAUAUUGGUGCUGUGAGUGAACAAGAAUGUAUAAAAGGUAAUUUUUAAGGUGUCACUUCAGUGCUGAAAACUUAAAAUACUAUGAAUAUUUUUAACUCUUCCUUGGAUUUUAUAUUAAAAGAAAUAAUCUAAAAAAGUUGUAUAUACCUUGUUUGCACGGCUAAAUUUGAUAAUGUACUGAUAUUUCAUAUGAUAAUUCGUAAAAAUUCGUAUUUUUGGCAAGUCUUUCGACGCUCUAUUACGUACAAUAGAAAUGAAGACAAUGCAUGCUGUUGAUUUUCUUUAUCUAUUUUAUAAAGCAGUAGUUUGAAAAUAUUUUCUUAUGAUUUUUUUAUAAUUGAAUAUCAAGAAAUAUUUGUUUGUAUUACAAAACUAACUUUGUGGUUCAAGGGCUUCGCAAGGAGUUCAAAGAGAAGCGCAAACCUUGAAACAGACACGAAA